AUGGCGGCGGCAGGUCCGAGUACUCGGGCUUCUUCCGCGGCGGCGGCGGCAGCUCUGAGUCGGCGGGGUCGGCGGGGACGCUGUGACGAGAUGGCGGCAGCCAAAACGGGGACCUCGGGCCCUGCCGCUGGCCCCGCGCUGCUGGUGUUGCCGCCACCGUUGCUGCAGCCGCCGUCACCGCCGCGGCCGGAGGAGUCGGACUGCGCCGGGUGCCUAGAGACCCCGGGGGAGGCGGCGGCCCUGCCGUGCGGCCACUCGCUGUGCCGAGGCUGCGCCCAACGCGCUGCCGACGCGGCGGGCCCGCGUUGCCCGCGCUGCCGCGCCCGCGGAGCGGGCUGGGCCCGCCGUCGGGCCCGCGACGACUGGCAGGCCGACGCGGAGGUGCUGGGCGAGCGCGCCCGCCGCGGCCCACCGGAGCGCUGCCGCCCGCGUCGGGACGGGGGCGCGGCCGCCGCGGGGCCCAGGCCGGAGCUGGAGUCGCGCGCCGCGCCCGCGGAGCCAGAGUUUAUAUUCAGAGCACCAAUCAAAUUAAGCAAGCCUGGGGAAUUUCGUGAGGAAUAUGAAAGCCUGAGAAAGCUGCGAGAAGAAAAGUUACAAGAGGAGAAAACCUCUGAAGAUCAAAUCCACAAGUUGUUACCAGAGGACACAGAAAUAGGAAAAAGGAAAAUCGAUGAACAGAAAAAAAGAGAUGAGCCAUUAGUACUGAAGACAAAUCUAGAGCAUUGUCCUGCACGCCUCUCAGAUUCAGAGAAUGAAGAGCCUUCCCGAGGCAAGAUGAUACAGACACACCGCUCGGCAUUUGUUUCCAAGAGCAGCUCCUACUCCUUAGCUUUCCUGGCAGGGAACCUAAAUUCCAAGAUGGAAAGGAGUCAGAGCUGCAGUGACACCAGUCAGGACAGAGCAAAGAGCAGACUCCGAGCAGCCCCAGCCAGCAGAGCCAAGGCCACAGCCAUGACCCCCACCUCCAACCCCAUCAUCGGCGUCCUGCUAUCCACCCGGAACCACCGCUGCCUCUCAGCUCCUGACCUGACUGUUGAGAAGCGCCUGCCCUUCAGCUCGCUGUCAGCCUUGGCUUCCUUGCAUAAGCCAGAGCGCUCUGUCAGCCCGGAGAGUAACGACAGCAUCUCAGAAGAGCUAAACCAUUUCAAGCCCAUUGUCUGCUCACCGUGUACUCCUCCCAAGAGGCUCCCUGAUGGCCGCGUGCUGAGUCCCCUCAUCAUCAAGUCAACACCCCGCAACCUAAACAGAAGCCUGCAGAAGCAGACUUCUUAUGAGGCUAGUCCCCGGAUCCUCAAAAAGUGGGAGCAGAUCUUUCAGGAGCGGCAGAUCAAAAAGACUCUUUCAAAAGCCACCCUCACCUCCCUGGCUCCAGAAACAGGGGAUGACUUACUGGUCUCUGAAGUUACGCAGUCUAGCAAGGAGAAGCCUCUUCUGGCUUUAAAUACGAGACUGUCCAGUGGGGAAGUUCCCUCUGAGUGUACAGGACCUACCGCCCCUGACCUUGAUUAUUUUUCCUCUGUUAGCCAGACAAAAGCAGAACAGGGCAGUGACCAUAAAAAGAGCACUGAGAUCCCAUUGGAAACCUGCUGCUCUUCAGAACUCCCAGUGGGGGCCAGUGGGACUUCUUUGGAGAGAGAGCAGUUGGAAAGGUCAGGGUCACCCCCAGAUGCCAAGUUAGAUAAAACCUGUAUAACAGCAACUAUGAAAAUCUCAGCAGUUAACUCAGUGCUACCUAAAAACAGUGUUUUGGGUGGGGUCCUCAAAACAAAGAAACAGUUGAAGACAGUGAAUCAUUUUGAUCUGCCUAAUGGUGUUCUGGCAGACAACCUAGGUGAUGAGCCACUUCCUUCCUUGCGUCGGGGCAGGAAAAGACGCUGUAAGACCAAGCACUUGGAACAGAAUGGCUCCCUUAAGAAACUGCGACAAAGCAGUGGCGAGGUGGGUCUGGUCCCCACAGACCCAGUGCUGCGAGAGAUGGAGCAGAAAUUGCAGCAAGAGGAAGAGGACCGGCAGCUGGCUCUGCAGUUGCAGCGCAUGUUUGACAACGAAAGGCGGACUGUGAGUCGGCGAAAAGGAAGCGUGGAUCAGUAUCUCCUGCGGUCCAGCAGCAUGGCGGGGGCCAAGUAGCACCUGAUGGACAGUGUUACCUGUUUUUCUCAGAGGUCUUUGAGCUUGAUCAUUUACCCUGAAGAAAUGAGUGUUCUCACUUUGGGUUUCUUUUAAUGGCAAAACACUGUCGAAUAUGAUUCUGAGAGGUUUUGGGGCCUUUGUAGACUAUAUCCAAGGGAACUCUGUCUCUGCCUCCCUGUGACCCAGGCCAGAAGCACUCCUCACUCCCUAGGGUGGCCCACCCCUUAGGGUAUCUGGGCCAAAUCUGGCAGCACCUGCUUGGCAUGAGAUUCAGGAGCAGAGUGGCCAGGGUUAGAUGGCAGAGGAGAAAGGGGAUGCCUUCUUACAUUGAUAGACCUCCUGACUUCUUUCAGCAGGUGGUGUUUCAAAUCAGCCUUGCAGAUAAAAAUUAGUUCCAUCUUUUUUUUUUUUCCAAAGAAGUGCAACAGUGUAGUUCUCUGGCAAAUCCAAAAAGAUUGUGUUCCCCCUUCUUACCUUUGCUUCAAGUAAACAUACCUAAUGAAAUCAGUUUUUAUGCUUCUACAAAAGUUAAUUUACAUUCCUUCUUUAAAAAAAUAACAAUACUAUAUAGUCGACAGACCACAUUCAUAGUCAUUGUUUAAUUUGGUCUUUUCAGGAGACCUCACGUGUAAGUGGUAUUAGCCCCAGUUUUUGAUGAUGAAACUGCAUUGGAUGUUCAGGUUCUCUCCAACUACUAAGGGCAUACACAGCCCAGACUGAUUGCUGGGUCUCCCGACAACAAAUCCCAUGGAUUUUUUCCACACUUAAGAGGUUGCCAUAAUGGACAGCAAUCCAAGGACAUACCAGGGGAGCCUAGAGAAAGCUGGCUGGGCUUUGAAUAUUGAUUGUGCAAAAUCCACGUGCAGAUAAUUGAGACUGACUGGAAGUGCAAACAUAUACUGUAUAGUUAUCCACAUCCCUCCAGUUUACAGCCUUCUGUUUUCCUGGGGUUCCACUCUGUUAGAUAAACUAUGAUUGGACCUCAUUAUUACUCUCCUUUUGGACAAGCGUUAUCUGCAGUGUUGUUCUAAAAUCCAAAAAAUUUGCCCAGAAGUCAGGCAAGAACAGCACUGAGACUCCCUACUGUGGAAACACGGUGUCUAGCUGGAUGCAGCUGGUCAAUUCAGUCCCAUGGACCUUUGGGGUUUAUUUUCCUUAGCAGGUGACACCGUGUGUCUUUUGCAUCUCUGGUGGUGCUUGGUGCUUCUGCCCAUCUGGGCUUAUUGAGAGUAGGGAUUAAGAUAGAAUUUUAGGGAAUCUCUGGUGGGCUGGCAUUCCCUGUGCAUGUAUGAGCUGUUACUAUAAAGUCAUGUGACUAGCAUUUUAACAAGCCUUUCAGAUCUUACAUAUCCCAGUGUACACUGUCCCCCUCAGGUGGCCUCAGCUGGAUGCUGCACAGUUUUUCCAAUGAUGUCUUUGGUGAAAACAUUUCUGGAACUGUCCUCAUAGUCUGGAGACAUCUAGACAUCUAAUAUUCAAACUGGAAAGGACGUUAAUGGUUGUCUGUUCCAGCUUCUUCCUCUUACUAAGGCAGAAGCUAAGGUCCAGAACAAUAACUCGCUUAUCCACAUCACAAAGGAUUUACUGUAUCUCCUACUUUUGAUUCUUAGAAGAUUUGCCUCCCUACUUCUCUUUAAUCUUUGGGUUAUAGGAAAGAGAAUUUUAAUUUGAAACUAGUCAGAAGCCAUUGGAAACCUUUGGAACAGAAAGUAGGUUAUCAAGAGGGUUUGGAGUCAGAAACAAGGUGCAGCUGUAAAGCAGUCAGAGUCGUUUUCUUGGGCAACUCAUACACAAUUCCCAGAGGAGUUCCAGAGCUGUCUGAAGUACCUGGGUAAUCACUGAGAUAUGUGGGACUUCCUCAGUGGCUGCUUUGGUGGGGAAUGUCACUCACCUGAAUAUGUGCGUUCUGUGUGUCUGUGCGUGCACACGUGCAGAUGUGUGUUUAGAAGAUAUACACCAAUCUCAUUACUUCAUCUUCACACCACUUCAGUUUUAGGUCCUCCCAGCAACAUGGGCCCUCCAAAAGCUGCUGGAGGGCAUAUUGGUGCCCAGGAUAGAAAAGCUGGCAGUAGUCUGUAGAGGACAGGGAGGGUGACUUACUAAAUACCCUCAGAGAUGUCAGUUACUGCCAUUUCAUGGAGUUCCUUUUCGAUCUUAGUAAAUGUUAUUGGAAGGCUAGUCUCACUGGUAGUAGCAAAGACACUUAUUUUUCCACUUGUCACCUUUUUCUGUAUCUCCAAUAAUUUGAAAAACUUUUCAGUUGGAGCUAAUUUUAGUUUUUGGAAAAAAAAGAUGAAUAUUUUUAAUAGAAAAGAUAUAUAUUUUAAAUAUUUCCCCAAAGUAAUACAUUCAUUUUAAGAAAUUGCUUAGUAGUAGCAACAAGUUUCAGCAUCAGGUUGCAGAGUGAAAAUCUGUUACGUGAAUAUUCCAAAAGCUGAAUCCAGUUUAGUGACCCCCUACUGUGGAGCCUUGAAUGGUACUGACAGUUGUUUCCACACUUCCAGCUGAGCAGCAGUCCUUCAAACAUAGGCAAAGUAGUUUAGGCUAAGGAAGGAGGAGGGUUAAUCUUUCAUCUCCCUGGCUUUGGAGGAGGGUAAAACCACUAAGAUAUUAUCUGUAUUUUAACAGGCUUCCCAUACUUAACUACUAAAACCUGAACAAUUCUGAAAGAAUUCCCCUCCCCUGUUGCUUAAUUGUGAAGUUGGUCACAAAUGGAGUUGUUGACAUGAAUUCUUUAGAGCAAAAGACACGGAAGGAAAACAGAAUGAUGGGGAGGGUUUGUGAGCUAGAAUGAAAGAUACGCUAUCUCCCAAAACAAACAUUUCUCACAGAUCAUUGGAAUCUGCUUCACCAUAGAAAUUUCCCACAUUCUGUUUACUCUGUUCCUUGUGUACAUGCAUUGUGUUUUUUCUUAUUAAAGGCGAAGUUAUGAGAGGUUGGAGGAUGGAGGUCAUCCUAAUGGGAAAUCCAAGAAACAUGGUUCCUGAGAACGGGGCUCAAAGCCCUUUUUUUAAACAAGUGGGAAAGAUACUUUGGGAACAUGUUCAUGACCCAUUGAUUGUAUCCGCUGGAAGAAGUUACCUGGGCCUGUUGGGUUGAUGUCAAGUUUGGGGAUUAUGUAUCCAGCCCUGGGCCCCUUUCAUAUAAUUGCCUCUUUUUAGAAGGUUGAUUCUUUCUGGCUGAAGCUUCCCAAGAAAACCUUUUGUAAAUGGCUUCAUUUAUUUUUUUAAAUGGAAUCUUUAAAUUUUUGCCUGGAGGAAGCACUAGUGAUGAAUGCCUUCUGUGUUUUUUUGUUGUUGUUCAUUUUCUCUUAAAAAUGCCCUUAAGAGAUUAAAGCUGCUUAAUUAAUUGCUAUGUGAUUACAAACUAACUAAGAUGGAAAGCUGCCACUGGCUUGACUGGUGAAGCUGAUGACCGAAGGCUGUGUUGCUCAUCCUUUUUGUUCCAUUUGACAGGUAUUUCCUGAGUUUCGAACUUUUGCCAGCCCUGUGCUGGGUCAUGGAUAUAAAGAAGGAAAGGACAGUCCAUGCUCUUAAA